AUGUCGACUAGGGCCAAGCUGGUCAAGAAGCGGGACCUGAUCAUCGCGCACCUGACUCGAUCGAAGAGUUUCCUCAAGGGCUACGAUGCGGCGACGCAACAGCAUCUGGUGUCUGUCCGGAUGGAAAAGCUCGAAGGAAAAUGGGAGGAGUUUGAAGCGUUGCAGCUGGAGAUCGAGGAGCUCGAGGACAAGGACUACGAGGCAGGCGUCUCUGCCGACGCGUCCAAGGACGAAGUGGAGAAGCGAGUGAAGCAGUUGGAGGAGAAGGAGCAGCAGCGAGAGGACAUGAUGAAGAGGUUUGAGGAACUGUACUACGAGGUAAGGGCAGGGUUGCUAGCUAGGAUGCCAAAGGUGGUUGCGUCUUCUUCUGGUUCUAACGAUGGGGCACCAAAAGUGCAUGCUGGCGUUCAUCUGCCCAAGAUUGAAUUGCCAAAGUUUAACGGGGAUUACGAUCUGCGGUUGCCGUUCCAUGACACCUUCAAGUCUUUAAUCCAUGACAACCCGGAUUUAAAGACCAUUCAAAAAUUCCACUAUUUGCGGUCAUGCGUGGUUGAAGAGGCUGAGAGAAAAAUCGAGAAUCUCCAGUUGAGCGAGAUCAACUAUGAGAUUGCGUGGGAUACUCUUGUCAAACGGUUCUCCAACAAGUAUCUCAAUAAGAAACGGCAUGUCAACGCGUUGUUGCACUUUCCGCGCGCGGAGAAGUUGACGGCGAGUGGGAUUCAUGAAGUGAUCGACUGUUUCGACCGGUGUACGAAGAUCUUGGAUCAGUUGGGUGAGGUUUCGUCGGGCUGGGGAGUAUUGUUGACGCAGCUGUUGGUGUCGAAGAUGGACGAUGCAUCGCAGAAGAGCUGGGAGGAAGCGGCGCUGAAACUGGCGGACCCGACGUUCGGGGAUGUGAUCCAGUUUUUGAGAAUCAGACGAGGGUUCUCGAAGCGAUUGCAGUCGAUCAGCAACCGGAAGUUCAGCGAUCGUCACCUGUGA